AUGAGCGCGGGGCACUGCACAUCAACACGAGCGACCCUGUACGCGCAAGCAGCGGCGCUGUCAACGCAGGUAGCAGCGCUGUCAACACAAACGAAGCAGCUUCAGGCACAACAAAGCACCACCGCAGCGCUUAGCGCGAAGCUGGACCAGCUGGAAGCGGUCACCUGUUCCAAGAUUGACCCAUCCACGGAUACAACCAUGCUCACGGACAUUGGCACUGAGGGGAGUGCGGACUGGCGUGCCGCCGUCCUGGCCAGCAACGGCCUCAUCUACUGCAUUCCUCACAACGCAGCAUCCGUGCUCAUCAUCGACCCUGACACGAACACUGCUGACACAACAACCAUUGCCGGCCUUGAGCUGGGCGGCGGCAAAUGGAAUGGCGGGGUUCACGCAAGCAACGGCCUCAUCUACGGGAUACCCGGGAAUCGCGAGCAAGUGCUCAUCAUCGACCCCGCCGCAAACUUGACAGACACCACCAGCAUCACUGGCCUGCCAUCCACCUCGCAGAAAUGGUUCGGCGCCGUACAGGCGCACAACGGCCUCAUCUACGGCAUCCCCUGGGCUGCGUCUUCCGUGCUCGUCCUGGAUCCAGUAACCAACUCCACAGACACAACCAGCAUGGCCGGCUUUGAUGAAGUCGGGGGCAAGUGGUACGAUGGUGUGCUCGCAAACAGCGGGCUCAUCUACUGCACCCCACGUGACUCGGCAGCUGUGCUCAUCAUCGACCCGACCACGAACACGGCCGAUGUGACGUCCAUCUCGGGCCUGCACGGCCCAGCCAAGUGGCAAGGCAGCGUGCUUGCAGCCAACGGUCUCAUCUACGGCAUUCCACGCGCAGCAUCAUCCGUGCUUAUUGUUGACCCGGCUACAAACACGGCCGACACGACCUCCAUCAGUGGCCUCGCCAGCGACCCGAACAAGUGGGUUGGCGGGGUACUGGCGCCAGAUGGGCGGAUCUUUGGCGUCCCAUUCUCUGCCGCUGCUGUGCUCAUCAUCGACCCUGCCACCAGCUCAUUUGACGUGUCCUCGCUGCCUGUGUCUGAUGACAUCGCCAAGUGGUACUCUGGCGUGCUUGCCGACAAUGGCCUCAUCUAUGGCGUCCCGUUCUUCUCGAACUCUGCCUUGAUCAUCCAUCCAGGCUGUUGA